GGCACCUAUAGUUUUAAAAACAAGUGAUGUGGCCUAAGCUGAAGCAAAUUGUCAAAGUAUGACAAAAUGUGUAGUUUUAAGUUAAUAUGUUUUAUUGUAUUUUUAUUUAAUAUUUAUAAUACACAUUGUUUAAUAUCAGACAAGAGAUUAUGUGUUAACGAAGACUGUUCAGAACCAAUUUCUCUGGCAAAAACGCUAUUAGGAUAUAACAGGCCAGAGAAGUAUAUGUUAUCGUUUAGGCCCAAUACAAACAUUAAAGUAUUCAGCAAAGAAGCUGGUUCCAGACCUGAUUUAUGGGGCGUUGAAAUUAAUGGGGAAAGGGGCUAUAUACCCAAAAGCUAUGUACGCGAAUAUAAAAUGCUGACUAAACCAACAGUAGUUGUAGAAACUGAAAUCUCUCAAAAACCAUCUGUGCCUCAAGACACUCUAGAAGAGGAAGUAAAUCCUGAUAAAGUAAAGGAAACUUUUGAAAUAGUUGAUGGUACCACAAUAUUAUUAGAUCCUGCUGAUAUCAAUCCUAGCAGCACUGAAAAUCCAAUUUUAUCCACAGUUAGCAGUACUAUAAGUAGCCAAGAAAUUCCCAGUACAGAAAAUCCUAUUAUAGAAGAAGAAAUAUCAGAUGAUAAAGAAGAUGGUCAGACAGAAAAAUUACCACAGCCAACUCUAGAAACAGAAGUAAAAAAUGAAGAUUCAGUUGUAGGUGGAGUAUUGUCCUCAAUUAAAAAUUGGAUAAAUGAUGAUGAAUCACCCGAAGAUGAUGAAGAAGAUGACGAUGAUGAAGAUAGUGAUGAUGAGGAAGAUGCAGAAGAGGAUGAUGAAGAAGAUGUAUAUGUAGAUUCUAAAGAAAAUUUGACUGGAUCAGAUUCUGAAAAAGGCAACACUGUUGAAGAAAUCCCCAAAGAACAUGUUGUUGAAGUUAAAGAAAAUUCAGCAGAAUCUAAAAAUAAGCCUGAAAUGAAACCAAAUAAAAUAGAAGAAAGUGGAGAAAAGAAACCUACAGAAUCAGAGAACAACAAAAUAAGUGAAAAUGAAUCUAGUAAAGAUCAAGUUGGUCAAGCUGAAUUGAAGAAAGAUGAACUUAGUAAAGACCAAGUUGCUCAAAGUGAAUCAAAGAAAAGUGAAUUAAGUGAAAAUGAGUCUAAUAAUAAUCAAGUUAGUCAAAGUGAAGCAAAUAAUAAAUUCAAUGAUUCGAAACAAAAAGAGGAGGAUUCUGGAGAAAGUACAUCAGAUGUUGAUCUAUUGAAAACAGCAAAUGACAUUACUGUAGAAAAACAAAAACAAGAUGAAGGUUUUGAAGUAAAUAAAAGUGGGGAUGGCAUUAAAAGCACUGGCUCUGAAGAAGUAAUUGAUGUUAGUAAAACAGAACAGAAUGAUCCAACUAAAACAGACGUUACUGGAACCAACAAUAAACUGAUCACUGAUAAUAUCGAUAAAAAUAUGGAAAGUGCUGCUGAUAAACCAGAACAAGGUUCCAUGGAGAAUAUUAAGUUGAAAGAAAGUAUAAUUGAUGUUAUAGAUGUUUCUCAGGAGGUUAAAGUUCAGGAAAAAUCCACUGAAACUGUAACUGAGUUACCUAUUGAUGCUACUACUCUGCCUAAUAUGGACCAAAUAGAACUUCUUCCUGUUGUGCCUACAGAAACAGUAACACCAAAUCCACUUGAACAAAUCCAGGAAUUGAAACCUCAAGGAACUAUUUUUUCUCCAAUUGUAGCGUCUUUAUAUGAUAAAAAACCUGAUAAUAAAGUUGUUGAAAAGCUGGAAGUUGUGGAAACUGAUUCCAUCAAUAGUAAUUCACCUGCUGAAGUUAACAAAGUAAAGACAGAAAUUUCCAAAAAUAAUAAUUUGACUAGUGAUACAUCAUCUCCUGAUGUUAAUCAGUUACUGUCAAGUCCUGAAUCAAAGGAUGGUGCAAAUCUUGAUGAAUCCAAAUCAGAAAAUGUAGAUCAGUUAGGCAGUAGUGCAGAACAACUUCUGGAGACACCUGUUAUUGGUUUUUCGCCUUCUGAAGUAAACAAACCCAAAAUAGAAGUCCCUAUUCAAGAUACGCCACUGAACGGAAUACCGCCACUAUCUGAAACUCAUUCCUCAAACCAUUGGCAUAGCAACGAGAAUCCAAACAAAGACAUUGCUGCAGAAAUAAACAAUGUAGACAGACAGGUAAUUCACAAUAACGACGAUAACCAAAUUCCUGAUGUCCCGUCUGAUGCUGAAAUAAGUGCACUAAAAAAUAACGAUGGUGCACUACCGAAUAAUUUACUAGGAGAAAACUUGGACGAAGGUGUGGUAAUCGAAGAAACAGUAUUUGUGGAAAGUGGUGGAUUUUUGUCAGGAAUAUUUUCCUUUUUUGGUGGUGAUAAAGGAAAACACGAGACUGUAGACACUCAUUCAACUCCAGUGAGCAAUGCAGACCGUUUAAUACACGAAAACACCCAGCACUCUAAUUACCGUGAGGAAAACGGUGACUAUUACCUUAGUCGUGAGGAAAAUUGUGAUACUCUAGAAAAUAACAGUAUGUUAGAAAAAUUAGUCUUCCUUAUGAGCUCAGAUAUUCUUAUUUACUUGGGAACAACUGCUGUAUCUUGUAUAAUAUUUUUAUUCGCUUAUCUAUUGAUAGACAAAAGCAGUAGAGAGGCGCCGCUAGUGCAAAAAAUUAAUAAAUUAGAAAAAGAAUUGCUGGUGAUUAUGAAAGAGAACGAUAUCUUGCAAGAAAGUGCUUCGACCGGAACACAUGUUAAUUCUGAGGAAGUUGAUCUGUUAAAACAAAAGUUGGAGGAGCAAGAAGUUCUAAGGCAAACUCUUGAGAUGCAAGUCUUGAGUCUUCAGAAGGAAAUUGAAAAUAAAAAUGAGCUCGAGGACCAGAUCGAGAGCUUGGAGAAAGAAUUGGAAUCAUCUACAGAGGUGGGCAUGGAGUUGAACAGGAUCAUUUCGGAAAUGUUGGAUUCAAAUAAUGGAGGUGAGAAGUUAAAAGAAAAUGUCGAGCAAUUACACAGGCAACUAUUAGAACAGAAAUCGAUCAUAAACGAUAUUUCCAAAUCGUUGAGCGACAAAGAAGAAGAAAGUGCUGGCUUGCAAUCGCAGUUGGACGAGAGCAAAAAACACUCUACUGACUUGCAACAGAAACUAGAUGAAAUCGUAGAACAGAUUUUGAGGAUCGAAAGAGAAAGGGGCCAACAAGAAAAAUCUCUUCAGGAAGAAAUUUCGAUUUAUCGACAAAAAUGUAGUGAAGAAAUGAUGAAGAAGGAGAUGUUGAGUAACGAAAUCAAGAUCUUGCAAACUCAACUCGCAGACGCUCAGCGUAAAGCAGAUCUAAAAAUAAAAGAGUACCAAUCUCUGAAAGAUAGUCUGAAGGAUAUAAAAUCGAUAAAGAAUGACAACGCAGCCCUUCAGUCCCUUUUGGACGUCACGUCGAUAAAAGCCGAGCUCGAGCAGCUAAAAUCCGAGAACGAAAGAUAUUCCUUAAUAAUAAAACAAGAAGAAGAUGCCAAGAUACUCUUUGAAAAGAAAUGCCAAGCUGUGAUAGAUGAAAACAAUGCAUUAUUGAAGAAGUACCAGGAAUCUGAUAAGGAAAAAGUGGAAGCUACAAUGAAACUGGAAGUUUUAAAUAAUUAUUUUAAGAAAAGAGAGGAAGAACUACAAAGCGAACUUUUGAAAUACAAGACAAUUUGGGAUGCUAAAGAAGGCGAGGCCACAUCAACUACCGAACGAAUGAAAUUGAUGGCAGAAGAAACUGAAAAUUAUAAAUCGCAGAACGAAACGCUCAAACAAGAAAUUGUUUCGCAAGAAAUCGAACUGAAGAGUCAAAUUUCGAUGUUGGAAAAGAAAGUUCACGACAAUUGGGUGACGUCCAGACAGAUGGAAAGGAAGUUGGAGGACAGCAGACAGGAAACAGCUCUUUUAAGAAAUCGCCUGACGUUAAGAGAGAGGGCUAUGAUCGACGAAAGGACACAAAACAGGUUGCAGUCUCCCGUUGAUCAAAACGGUGAACUCACGCUGUCCCCUCCGCCCAUCGAAUCUCCCGCAUCGCCGGCAAUGUUAUUCGGUGGACGUGAUCACAUAACAAAGUCACCCCCUAUACCCGGUCUUCCUCCUUUCCUACCCCCACCUCCUGGGGCUCCGUUUAUGCCGCCACCUUUGCCUGGUAUGCCAUUCAUGCCGCCGCCGCCCUCCAUGUUUCCCGGAGAUCACAGACCACCGCCCCUCGGAAGAAUGUCGUCGCCGCCACCGCUUAAUUCAAGAUACUCUCCUGACACCUCUGCAUUUUCACCAUACGAUAGACACACUCCUAGUCCACCUUACGAUUCAGAAUACGGCGCAUCGCCUCCACCGAUGCGUGGUUACAGUCCUUACAGUAGAGAUGAUAGGAGAGACUAUAAAAGACCAAUGCACAUUUCAAAUGGGAGAAGUAAUAAAGGUUCACUAAUGAGUUCUGGGUCUGAUCAUUCAAACGAUUCCUUAGAUAAAGUAAAUAGAAAAUCGUCGAAGAUGGUCUAGCAGUUCAGCUGUUGUUUCUAUAGGAAUUAAAAAAAUUGCUCCUUUAAGCCAAAGCUUAAAAUUACUUUCAAAUUUUACUUCUUUGUGUAUGAGAUGUAUCUAUUUUUUUAUUGUAUUGUUUUUUCCGUGUUAAGUACAAAAAUUCAGUUACAAUGGUAGUCUGAUUUACAUCAAUAAGAUAACGAGAAUUUUAAAAUAAAGAAGGUGUAGUAUUUAUUGUAGAAAAAAGAUGCAGAGAAAAUACAGGGAUAUGGAUAAGCUAUCUUUUAAGUUAUACAAAAACCUAUACCUACAUUUUUUUCUUGAAGAUUUAUAUAUUUCUGUCCGUCGUCAAUCAGUUCUUGUAAUAUUUUCUUUUCGAGUUUAAUGUGUACUUGAUUUCCUCAAUGAUUUUAAAGAAACGGUUCCCUAAUGUCUUAAGGAAUGUGGUUACUAUAUUCAUAUAUUUUUAUUACAUCUAAAAACAGCCUAUUAUACUCAAAGAACAGCUUUAGUAACUAUUGCUAUUUGUUGAAAUGCCUAAGAAAUAGAACGUUGCUGUAAUUUUUAGUUCAUAUUAGCUUUUCACUGGUAAACAUGUCAGUAUUUGCAUUUUUUAGGUCGAACACUUUAAACAUUUUCGUAUACCAUCUAAUUCGAGCGAUUUUUUGAGAUUUGAAAGUCCAGAAUGCAUUUUUCACAGCUAAAGAUUCAUGCAAACUUGAAUAUAUUGUAGUAUGUGACUUUUAUCUCAUAGUAAGUCAAAUGCAUUGUAUACUGUGUUUUUCCUUAAAAAACAUUUUAUCCAUAAACAAAUUUCAAAGGAUUUCUGAUGAGGUUUCUUAAACAAAACUUAAACAAAUUAAUGUUUAAAUUACAUCAAAGCAUAAAACAAAAACCGUGCUUCAAAAAUCACAAUCAAAUUCUGCUUUCUAAAUUCUGGGUAUACAGUUCCAAUAAAUUUCCAAAUCGAUAUCUAUUAGGCGUUUAAUGCCGAAAUAACAAAUUGUUACUUAGUGUUGGUUCAUCCAAGCUAUUAAAAAUAUCUUAUUUAGAUUUCACUUUUUUUUUUCAUUUCGCAGCUAAAUAUUUAAGGCAAGUUAAAUGUAUUGUAGUCUGCGACAUGCCUUAUUUCACGUUAAGUCAAAUGCCUUUUAUGAUGAUAAGAGUUUCUGCUCAGAUGUUCCAUAAAGCCAAAAAAUUUGGUAAACUUAAAAUUUAGAUCGACUUAAAACGUAAUCGCUCACCAACAAGUUUCAUAUAUUUUCUGAUGAUAUUUUGUUAUAAAAAGCUAUUUAAUCCACUUUGUACCUUUAUUACAAUCAUUACACAUCAUUCUAUGGAAACGAUGUUUUCUUUUACAAUUUUUCAUGUUAUAGUGGGAAGCAAUGUCAUAUGUGAAAUAUUGGAAACUAAUGAAAAAUUUCCACGUUGCCAUCUAGUGAGCGUUCGUAAAAUCUUUAAAGGUGCCGUUUCUGUACACAAACGCAAGGUUUUUUAUUAAAAGAAUAGUGUCUCAAAUAUUUAAUAGUAUUUUUACUAUACACAACUUUGAUAAGCCCAACAAAUAAAUAGUAUUUUUCCUUACACCAUCUUCUAUUUUCAAACAUCCAAUAUAAUUGGAUAACAGUAAAAUAUUUUAACUACUGUAUCCGAAUUAUGUACUACUAGUAAUUAAACUUAAAUGAAUACUAAGUAUUUUUUAACGAGUUAUGAGUUUGCUAUACAGUAUUGUUGAAUAUCUGCUUUAUAUUCAGAUUGUUACAGGAGGGGUAAUUUAUCUUUUUAAAAAUUUUAAUAGCCAAAUUUAAAUGCAAAAAUUUCUUACUUGUUUGUAAAGCCUGGUGUGUGAGGUAGUGAUGUAACGAAUAUUCGCAUUCGCAUUCGCGAAUAUUCGCAUAUUUUUCAUAUUCGCAUUUGCAUUCGCAUUUGCAAAAUUUGUGCGAAUGUUUUGCGAAUAUUACACAGCUUGCAUUUAGCUCGUUCAGUAUCGAAAAGUGGUGAAAAAUAAGUCCAUAUUGCACUAUAAUUUGAUUUACUCAUAGUAAUAAAUCGCUAAUCACACUUUAACUAAAAAUUCACUUGUACUUGUGCACCAGCAGAGCAGGGCAAGUGGAGUGACUUGUGUCCCGUGAAAUUUUUAUUGGAACUAUAACCAGAGAACUUAGUUCUCUGCUAUAACUUUCUCUCUAUAACAAGUCAAAUUUGAUUAUAACAAGAGAAAAUAAGAUCGAAAAACGUGCUUUCUACGUUUUUGUCCCGGACGUGACUAUAAAUAAAUACCUUUUUAAACUACCCCUCAAUAAACUUAACCGCCUACAAUAAACUUCUUUACAAUAAAUACAACUGUUUCACAUCUUUACUUUAGCAAAUAUGAUAGAAUGAUACUGGACAAUUUAAAGCAGUUAAAAAUGACAGAGUUUUUCCAAUUGACUACACACCUCGCGGAAAUGAGACUGCCGGCAGUGCCAGAGACAAUUAAAAUUGCCAAAUUAAAAAAAAACUGAAUAUUCGCAUUCGCAUUCGCGAAUGUCGGUGGCAUAUAUUCGCAUUCGCAUUCGCAUUCGCGAAUGUUUAAAAAAUGACAUUUGUUACAUCACUAGUGUGAGGAUAUUUGGUCUAUCAGGUCUGGUAUAUUUGAUUCCUUCGAGUAUGUGUUAUUUGGUAUAUAAACUGUAAAAAUAUGUAAAAAGUGUAAAAAGAAUCGUUAAUAAAAAUAUUGGUAUAU